AUAUAUAUUUACUCGCCCAGCCUCGCGGGCGCGGUAAUUGCUGCAGGCGCAUUUGGCAUCAGCGCUAUCUAUCAUCUCGUGCAAUUGUUACGAAAGAGGGCAUGGUUUUAUAGCGCUCUUACAGUGGGCUCCUUCAUGAUGACCGUUGGCUACGUCUUCCGAUACAUCUCCGCGAAGUCGCCAGCAGAUUUAGGCCCUUACAUCGGUCAAUCGCUCUUCAUCAUUCUUCCUCCUUCUCUCUACGCAGCAACAAUCUACAUGAUCUAUGGCCGUCUUGUCGUCUUUGUUAGGGCUCCAGAAGCCUCAAUCAUAAGACCAACACGUGUGACAAAGAUAUUUGUCUGUGGCGAUGUGCUCGCCUUUCUACUACAAGCUGGCGGUGGUGGCAUGAUGGCGCAAGAAGGUAUGGCUAAGACAGGCCAAACGAUCAUGCUGAUUGGCCUUUUCAUUCAGCUCUUUUUCUUUGCUUUCUUUUUAAUCAUCUCGCUUGUGUUCUGGAAGCGGAUACGCAGUUCCCCCAUUUUUUUCAGCAUUCCACAGCAUGGAAAAUAUUCCUGGGUCGCGUUACUUAAGAUGCUACUAUGUGCGGCAGUCAUCAUCAUCUUACGCUGCAUAUUCCGGGUUAUCGAAUUCGGUCAAGGGCAUGACGGUUAUCUUGCUAGUCAUGAAGUCUAUAUGUACACAUUAGACACAGCGCCAAUGCUUGCUGUGCAAGUCAUGUUUCAUUUUAUGCACGCUGCUGAUGUUUUU